AUGCGUCAGAUCCUUCUUUUCUUGCUCAUUCUCUAUCUAUUUGGCUUAGUGCUUGGUGCUCAGAAUCGCUCACGAGGGACAGCAGGGCUACCUCGCGAUAUCGCGCCGACCCCGCAUACACCUGCUCCCGCCCGUGCUUCCAAGAAGGCUCGUACGACACGAUCGUCAACCGCGUCGCGAAAUGCACCUACAUCGGCUACUUCUGCUGCUAUCGCGGUCUCUCCAGGGCGACCGCGAAAGAAGCGCAAGCGAUCUGAUAGCGAUGUAUUCGAUGAGUCAGAUGAAGAUGUGAUCGCUGAGGCGAAGAAGCACUGGUCCUCUCCAGCAUACAAGCACUACGAUAUCGAGCUCAUUCGCGAUACUCCAACACGGUCAAUCACGUUCGUGUUCAAGUGCAAACACAAGGACCCCAAACAUCACGACAUCCGUCGCGCUCGCGAUGCGGCCAGUAGUACAGGCUCGUCGCAACUGCUCACAUCGGCCAAGGUUUGCAACGAUCGGCGUGGUAUCAUAGACGAUGAGCUCAACUCCACGCCACGAGGUGAUCCCUCCGAGGUUGAUGGCGAGAUCAUUCCUCGCUAUACUGAGGCUGGUGGCCGCGCUCUCCUUGCGCUUUGGUGUGCAAAUAGUAAUCGGCCAUUCAAUAUUGUGGCAGACUUCUUUCUCCGUGCUCUUGUGGCGAUGUUGCGGCCCGGAACCAUCCUUCCAACUCCGGCAACAACCCGCAAUCUUCCGGUUCAUUUUGCAAUCGAUGGCUGGACUGCCCCAUUAGCUUGGUCCUACCUCGGUGUGGUCGUCAUUUGGUACGAGUCUGGGCUCAUGUAUCGUGCUGUACUCGAUUUCGUCCGACUCAAGAAGAAGCACAAUGGCAAGUACCUGGCGAAAGCGUUCUAUGACUGUAUAAAGGGGUUUGGGCUCGACAAACAUAUCAUGGGUCUUUGCAUGGACAAUGCCUCGAACUGUCAGACCACCGCAAAAGAGCUCUCGAAACUGAUCCCUCGCUUCCUCGGAGACGAGUGGCGCACACGAUGUCUUGCUCAUAUUGUCAACCUCGUUGCGAAGAUGUUUCUUUCAUUCUUCACGAAGCCUGUAGUGCGCAAGAAGAAAGCUACAGCUGCGUCAAAGUCGAAGAAAGGUCGGCGCCAGGCUGAUCCCGAGCCUCUCGACCAGUCCUUGGGAGAAGAGGACCAUGAGCAAGAUCUCGACGGUCAAGCGCUUGAGCUACCUGAUGUGCCCACUGAAGAAGACCAAGAGCUUGCAGAUGCAAUGGACGAUGAGUCUCAAGAUGCAAAUGGCGACUCUUCGAGUGGGCAGGUGGCGCAUGAUGCGAGUGCUGUCAAGACAGAGCGCGAUAUUGCAAUCGAGGAGAUGCAAAAGCGUGGAAUCAUCAUUACUGACGAGAUCCAGGCGCUUGCAGAAUCCUUACUGCCGAAGGCUGCCGGGCUCGCCAAGAAGAUCCACGACUCUGCGACAGUUCGGGAGCGUUUUGAUGGCUUUCUCGAUGCACUCUGCAGCAAGAUAGACAAGGAUAAGCGCCGCCUUGAUCGCCGGGUUGUUACAAGGUGGAACAGCGAUCUCGCAGUCCUUCGAGCAUAUCUAGAUCUAUUGGACGCCAUCCAGGCCCUUACUUCGACUUCCGAUCUGAGCCUCGACUCUUAUCGCAUGACCACACAACAGAUCAAUCUGACGAAGCAGGUCGUUCAAGUCCUAACGCUGUUCGAAGAUCUAACCCUCUUAUUCUCGAAGUCCGAUACACCACUCGUCUGCGAGGCUUUGCCUAUGCUCUAUGCUCUUCAGACAAACUUGAACAAGGUUGUGAACAAGAAUACGCUCAGUGCGAUACUCCGCGUGGCCUGUCAUGCGGCGUCGAACAUGUGCAAGAAGUAUCUCGCUCUGAUGGACAACAAAGAAGCGUACCUUAUCUCGAUUGUCAUGCGACCGGACUGUAAGCUUGAUUGGUUCCGCGAGGUGCUCCACUAUAGUGAGGAGGACAUCGACGAUCUGAGGGACAGGGUCUGCGAACGAUGGGACGCGGCAUAUGCAGUGAAGGCUUUCAAUCCGAAAGGAUCUGCGCCAUUCGUGACCCGGCCAGCCAUACAUCCUUCCACUUCGCACAUGGAAGUUGAUAGUGACGAUGAUGAUCCCUUCAAGGCUAACGUCUUCUCGUCACCGCUCAAACGGGGUCAACUCGAGGAUUACCGGACCGAGGAUGUCACCGAGUUGGUCCCCAAAGACAGCAUUCUCUCUUAUCUGGCCGAUCCCGUCAUCAAAUCGUCUGAGAUCAAGUCCUGUGGCGGUAUUCUGAAGUAUUGGGACAAACUGUGGCACCCGGAGAAGGGUUCCGAUGGAGAUCUCGUUCAUGAUCCCUUUCCUGGCCUCGGCCAGAUGGGAUCUGAUUUCUGCUCCAUGCCAGCGACGUCCGUUGAUGCCGAGCGCGCGUUCUCUGGUGGUCGCCGUGCCGUGGACUUCAUGCAACAUAACACAUCUUCCCAAACUUUCCGGGCUCGCAUGGGUGUCGGCAGCUGGUAUGGUACCCCUUUGCUCGGCAAGGGCAGUAUUAUGCGCGACGGUCAUGUGACCGCGAUUCGCGGUGACGGUGCAAACGCGGUUUUUCGUCCACCGCGGUUCCUUUCAACCGCGAUCACAAACGACACGUUCUACGCGCUCAACCCUCUCGUCAACGAAGACUGUAGCAAUUUGCUUGCUGGCUUCGAGUACUGUAUCGCAGUCUUCGGCAACACUACGACAACAUCUUCAUUCCCUGGGCCGACAACGACUGGAGCGUCCCUCGUUCCCGUGAUCGGUGGCGACUUUCCUCAGGGUAUCGGCUAUGUCCUGGCCACACCCAACAUGACCGUCGUCCCCAUCACUGCCACGGGAACGACGACUUAUGCGUCCACUGUCACUCCCUCGCCGACCGUCGCCGCAGGUACAGUUCAGGACGGAUGCCUUCAAUAUUACACCGUCCAGACUGGCGACUCCUGCUUGGGGAUCGAGACUGUGUAUGGCAUCUCUGACGUUCAGUUCCGCACAUGGAACCCGGAAAUCGAUGCGAAUUGUGGCAAUAUUGAGGUCGGACUGGCGUAUUGCAUCUUUGGACCCUACGUUCAGUAUACGCCCACUACCGGCAGCGUUCCACCCGAAACUUCCACAAGUACAACUGCUACGUCGACUUCGACAUCUGUGCCUGUUCCCACGAAUGUCGCUACCGGGACAAUUACAACGGGUUGCACGAAGUACUACACCAUACAGUCAGGCGACGGUUGCGCGGCUAUAGAGACUACUUACUCCAUCACCCUGUCCGACUUCAUCGCAUGGAACCCUGAAGUGAAUGCGCAGUGCACGAACAUUCAACUCGGUCUCGCCUACUGUGUAGCCGGUCCUCCACCGACGAGCAGCCCGACACUACCGGGGACUCUAGCAGGAUGCUCUGCGUACUACACUGUCAAAUCAGGCGAUACUUGUGCGGUCAUGGAGACCAACUACGGCAUUACACUUGACCAAAUCCGCCAAUGGAAUACAGAGAUUGACGCCAAUUGUGAUAAUAUCCAACCCGGGUAUGGGUAUUGCAUGUCUGGCCCGGCUGCUGGUUCGGGCAGCUUACUGCCGUCCGGCGGUUGCACGGACUACUAUACAGUCCAGUCUGGAGAUACUUGUACGGUGAUCGAGUCUGCAAAGGGUAUCACGCUUGCACAGUUCCUGUCCUGGAAUCCGGAGGUCAAUAGCCAAUGUUCCAACAUCCAGGCGGGGCUACAGUACUGCGUUGCAGGACCGUCGACCACACUAACAACGACUGCUACAACCCCGACGUCCACGUCUGCUGCCGCGGCACCGACAGGAUCGGGAACAAUUACCCCGGGCCAAGGCUGCACGAAAUAUUACACGGUCGCUUCGGGCGAUAACUGCAGCGUCAUCGACACGAAGUUCGGUAUCACGCUUGCGCAGUUCACGAAGUGGAAUCCGGAGAUCAACUCGGCUUGCACGAACCUCCAGCUCAGUGUACAGUACUGUGUCGCCGGCCCUUGA